UUCAGAUUCAGAUUCAAAGUGGGGAAAAAAGAAAAAACGCCGCCUUGAUAAAUAUACAACCUACACACAGCAACAACGCAUCGCUAAUCGAGAGAGAGAGAGAGAGAGAGAGAGAGAGAGAAAAAAAAAGUUUUGCUGUCAGGAGCUAAGCAUUUUCCAGAAAGAGCGGCCGCUCAGUUUCGCUCCCUUCACACAGACUCUUCACCUCAUGGGUACUCACUGCUCAGGUGCUAGCACAAGAUUUGACCUAAUUAACGACCACACAAGAGCGCAAAGUCUACCCAGCCAGACCAUGGUCCUUCCGAGAGGCGUCUGCUGUUACCUGCCUGUUAAUUACAAAGUGAGGGGAGCCUUUGCCUCCUCUCAUGAUGAUGACUGGCUAAUAAGGAAAAAGGAAUCACACGCACACAGCAGGCUCUGUUUCCACAAUGACUCCCACUGCCCCGUGUGCCUCCAGACAGCCACCUUCCCCGUGGAAACAAACUGCGGACACCUCUUCUGUGCUCCCUGUUUAAUUGAAUACUGGAGGCAUGGCUCGUGGCUUGGAGCGAUCAGCUGCCCUCUCUGCAGACAACAAGUGAGUAUUCUGUGCAACCUCUUUCAUGAAAACCAGAGAGAUCAGCAGGAGAGGCAGGUCUUGCUAGACAUCAGGGAUUACAAUAAGCGCUUCUCUGGAGAGCCCCGCCCGGUUGUGGAUUACCUCUACGACAUGCCCCUGUUCCUCAGCCUGGUCCUGAGGGGGCUGUUCACCAUGGGUGGGCUGGUGUGGAUCUUCUGCCUGAGGAUUGCAGUGUGUUGCUGCGGGGCCGUCGUGUCGCUCUCCUCCCCGCUCUGCGUCAUUCCAGAGCCGCUGUGCGGGGUCCUGGGGGCCGUGGAUGACCUGAUGGUGGUCUUCCUCCUCCUCAUCUGCAUGAUCAACAUCAACCAGCAGAUUGGGCCAGAGAGAGCCAACAUUGCCAACAGCACUGUACAAGGAGUGCUGACAGACUCGCUGUAGGGAGUGGAGCUGUCACUGUGUUUGUGCACUUCUGAUGGGAGAGGCAAGGUCACAGGACCAAACCCAACUAGGGACCUAAUGGAAGCAGUAUGUUAUAGCUGUUAUUGAGAUAUGAAAGGCCUGGCUCGUGUCUGUCAUGGGAUAUUGUUGUACCAUUAACUGUAAUUACAUAUAUAUAUAUAUAUAUAUAUAUAUAUAUAUAUAUAUAUAUAUAUA